AUGGCGAGCAGCAUAGUCGGGGGCAAGUACGAGCUGCUUCGGAAGGUCGGGGCCGGCUCUUUCGGGGACAUCUACCUGGCCAUCAACAUCACGAAUGGCGAGGAGGUGGCCGUGAAGCUGGAGUCCCAGAAGGCCAAGCACCCGCAGCUGCUGUACGAGAGUAAGCUGUACAAGGUGCUGCAGGGAGGGGUGGGCAUCCCCCAUAUGCGCUGGUACGGCCAGGAGAAAGACUAUAACGUCCUUGUCAUGGACCUCCUGGGGCCUAGCCUGGAGGACCUCUUCAAUUUCUGCUCGCGCAGAUUCACCAUGAAAACCGUGCUCAUGCUGGCCGACCAGAUGAUUAGCAGGAUUGAAUAUGUGCAUACCAAGAAUUUCAUCCAUAGGGACAUUAAGCCGGAUAAUUUCCUGAUGGGGAUCGGGCCUCACUGCAACAAGCUGUUCCUCAUUGACUUUGGACUGGCCAAAAAGUACCGAGACAACAGAACAAGGCAGCACAUUCCCUACAGGGAAGAUAAGAACCUCACUGGCACUGCCCGGUAUGCCAGCAUCAAUGCCCACCUUGGCAUCGAGCAGAGCCGUCGUGAUGACAUGGAAUCCCUGGGCUAUGUGCUGAUGUAUUUCAACAAAAGCAGCCUGCCCUGGCAAGGCCUAAAGGCUGCCACCAAGAAGCAGAAGUAUGAAAAGAUCAGUGAGAAAAAGAUGUCCACCCCUGUGGAAGUCCUCUGCCAGGGGUUCCCAGCAGAAUUCGCCAUGUAUCUCAACUACUGCCGUGAUCUUUGCUUCGAAGAGGCUCCUGAUUACAUGUACCUGAGGCAGCUGUUUCGCAUUCUUUUCAGAACUCUGAACCACCAGUACGACUACACAUUCGACUGGACAAUGCUAAAGCAGAAAAUGACCUAAAGGACUGGCUCUCGGUUAGUGGGUUCGGGUUCGCAGAUCCCCUGAGGACCCCACAGAGAAACAUAUGAAGUAGAGCAGAUGAUCAGAGCAGAUCGUGUUACUCCCUCUCAAUGUAGACAUUAAAGUUCACGUGUACACUUGCCAGUGGUUGUAACCAUUUAUUUGGUGUAAAGAUCUUAAUUUCAGUAUAAACUGCCUCUGAUCCAACAUUCAGAGUUGUAGCUGCUGUGUUUGUGAAUAUUAACUGACAUAGUGAAACAUGAUGUUCCGUUUUCUAUUGCAUUUUUCGGGGAGGGGGGGAAAUGUUUAACUAAAUGGUUGACACACAACAGUGGUGAGAAAUUGUGUAUAUGCCAAUUUUUUUGUUACUGUCUGUUCUGAUCCAAUCCUAACCCUAAAUUGUGCUUUGAAAUCUUGUUUCAAAAGAAUGGCAUGAACAGUUUUCAACCAUGGGUCGUGAUCAUUGUAAAUGCUACAAUUGUACACUUGUGAAGUUUUGUUCUGUUUCUUCCUCCCUGGGGUUUGACUAUUGUAAACUUAAACAUUCUUAAAUCUGUUGGCUUCUAUGUGCAAGGCAGCUGACAAGGCAGUAACCAAAGAUUCCAGUUCUAAGUAUCUGAAAGACUCUGCCUGCUUAAUGUGCUAGAUAUAACAUCAUCUAAAUGAAAACUUAAAAAAUAUCUUAGUGACAACUACUAGAUUAUCUGUAGUGCUCUGCAUUAACUAUAAUGUUCUUGGUAUUCAAAAAGAAAAAUAGCCUCUUUGUCACAACAUCUUAUGAAUCUGUAUGUAAGUUGCUGAUAUAGAUGUAAUCCCUGUAAACAUCUCUAUGACCCAGAAUUUUGUUCCUAUGUUGAAAUGAGAGAUGUUUUGUUUCCAAGUUCAUUAAAAAC